UGUUGUUUAAAAAACAACACAUCUUUAGAGCUUGAAUGGAGAAACUUGUUGGGAAAAUGGCUACUACAAAAUGAAGAAUAUGAGCUACAUAUAGACUGAAAUUACUAUAAUUCAUUUGUUGAUUCAUUCUUGUCGUUGUAUGACAGGCUCCUGGACUUCUUUCGUUGAAAUAUCUAGAAAAACAGGCUUUGGACGGCUAACAAUAUCUUGAAAUUAUAGAGGAAACAUGGUUCGAAAACUAGAAGCUAUCAAGGGCGGUGGAGGAUCAAUUAAGGUAGGGACUACUGGGACAAUCAGUUCCCUGAUGACAAGGGAACUGGACUCCAUGAAAUCGGCACUGGAAACACCUGUAUCUUUCAGACACAAACAUCAGACAGGUCCUGUAUCAGUUGCCUGUGGUUCUACUACAUCUAAAAGAUUGCAGCUGAGGAAAUCAUUGGAUGGAGCAGGCACCAGUGGCAGUAGCAGCAACAACACAAGUUAUAGAAGCCCUCAAACUGCCCAGAAGACGAAAAGCUUCCCUAAAAAUAUCCAUCAGAUUCCAAUGCUUGGCUCUGAUGAUAUUGCUUUAGUUAGAACUCCUAGCAGACAGAAAAGUGACAAAAAAGUGUCUAACAUUGUUGAAGUUGUGGACAUAAAAUGUGGGAAUCCGGAUAAAGCAUGGGCUAGCCCUAUAACAAAUCGUCUCAAGAAGCUUGGAUUCUCUAAGCUUUCCGAGAGCAUUGUCUAGACCUGUAACUUCUUCACAUCAGAUUUCAGGUUCCUAUAACUGAAACCUGAAAUCCCAGCUGGCUUGUUCUCUGAAAUUUCCACCAUUGAACAUAUGCUUGGUAGAAACUUGCUACUGCCUCCUCUCUUUUUCUUCUUCUUCUGAGUUGCUACAGCAGGCCCAACAAUAGGUCUGGAAUGACUAGUAGAGGAAGCAACAUCUCUGGAAUUGGGAUGAGGCUUCUUUGAGCUAUCUUGGCAGCUUAAUUCAAGCCGGCUGAAGUACUCAAUCUCUUGCAUUACCAAGGAUCCCACUGUGCCUCUGGUGCCAAUUUCAACAGGAGGAUGUGCAGCCAUUUCAAUUGAAACUUUUUUGGCACUGGUUUUUGAUCUAAGCAUGCUUUGUUUGAUAGGAUUGAAGGAAGGUUGUAGAUGAAAAGAGGUUGCUCUUGGUGUUGUCUUGAUAGGGAAAUUUCUCUGAAACUGGGCCAUUUGGUGUUUGGCCUUAUGCCUAGUAUCUCCAAAUUAGUUCCUUGCCUCAUAUUCUAUAUCUAAAGUGCACAGCAUUAGAUUUUUGCCUGGUUGGAGGAUUAAAUGAUGGCCUGUUCAUUGUAUGCAUGUGCUUGCGGUUAAAACAUUUAAGCUUCUAACUACUGUUCCUCUUUUCUUUUAACUACAUUGGUUUUAUUUUAAUGUUGUCUGGUGCACAGUAGGGACAAUUACCACUGUUCAUCAGGAUUUAAUAGUGGGAGUUAUGUAGCCCUUUUCACACACCAUUUCUGCUCAUAUAUAGGUUUCAGAAUUGGAAACAGAAUAUGUGUCCCACACGAGUACAUUCCGAUUAAACAUGAUAAUUCGUGUAUUUAUAUUUUUGUGUCAUAAUUCCUGCUAACACGAUGAAUUACAAAACAAUUUUUUUUGGUUAAUGCCCCUUUCCAAUUGAAUGCUUAUUGACACAAUUAUGUUAGGGAAAUGAAGAGUUGGAGCAGUACGACUUAUAAUCUCAUGGUAUUAUGUCAAGUAACUGGUUAAAUGAUGCCAUGAAACUAGAAAAGGAAAGUAUCUGUAUGUCUUUAAUGGUAAGAGUGGCAAUGGGAUUAGAAGAGGGUGGCCGGUGGCUUGUUUGGGUGUGGUCUGGUGAGCAACUUGAGUGCUUUUCAGGCAUGCAGGCAGACAAGCAGUUGUGGGAAGUGAAUUCUUUUUCUGAUUCUUUCUUUUGUCUGUAUCGUGAAUAAGAUUUUAUGGAGUCAUGGGAAAUACAUGAACUGAUGUCCAUCAUUAUUGAUAACCGACGGACAAUGUGAAACAGAUUUAUUAAAAUGUUCAAGUUUACCUCUUCGGGUAGGAAAAAGA